UGAGAGCCUGGGAUUCCCCGAGCUCUACGCCCAUCGUUUACCCUCCGGCGUCACGAGCUCUCCGGCGAACAAUGGCGUUCGAGAAGAUCAAGGUCGCCAACCCGAUUGUAGAGAUGGAUGGGGAUGAAAUGACCAGAGUUUUCUGGAAAUCAAUCAAAGAGAAGCUUAUCUUCCCCUUCUUGGAUUUGGAUAUUAAGUACUUCGACUUGGGUCUCCCUCAUCGUGAUGCUACAGAUGAUAAGGUCACAGUUGAAAGUGCAGAAGCUACACUAAAAUAUAACGUGGCAAUCAAAUGCGCAACAAUAACUCCUGAUGAAGCUCGCGUUAAGGAGUUCAACCUGAAAACUAUGUGGAAAAGUCCAAAUGGGACAAUCAGGAACAUUUUGAAUGGGACUGUGUUCAGAGAGCCAAUUAUUUGCAAAAAUGUUCCUCGGCUUGUUCCAGGGUGGACAAAACCUAUAUGCGUUGGAAGACAUGCUUUUGGUGAUCAGUACCGAGCAACCGAUACGGUUAUUAAAGGCCCCGGCAAGCUCAAAUUGGUAUUUGAGGGGAAAGAAGAGACUGUGAAUCUAGAGGUGUUCAACUUUACUGGUGCGGGAGGAGUAGCCUUGUCAAUGUAUAACACUGAUGAGUCAAUUCGGUCAUUUGCCGAGGCAUCAAUGAACACUGCUUAUCAGAAGAAGUGGCCACUUUAUCUCAGCACUAAAAACACAAUUCUUAAGAAAUAUGAUGGAAGAUUUAAAGACAUCUUUCAAGAAGUGUAUGAAACUGAGUGGAAAGCCAAGUUCGAGGCUGCUGGAAUAUGGUAUGAGCAUAGACUUAUUGAUGAUAUGGUUGCCUAUGCGCUUAAGAGUGAAGGUGGUUAUGUCUGGGCAUGCAAGAACUACGAUGGUGAUGUGCAGAGUGAUUUCUUAGCUCAAGGUUUUGGAUCGCUCGGAUUGAUGACAUCAGUACUGGUUUGCCCUGAUGGAAAAACUAUUGAAGCUGAGGCUGCACACGGCACCGUCACUAGACACUACCGGGUACACCAGAAGGGUGGUGAAACCAGUACAAACAGUAUUGCAUCAAUCUUUGCUUGGUCAAGAGGGCUUGCACACAGGGCAAAGCUGGAUAGCAAUGCUAAACUGCUUGAUUUCACUAAAAAACUAGAAGCUGCUUGCAUUGGAUGUGUGGAAGCUGGGAAGAUGACCAAAGAUCUUGCCCUUCUCAUUCAUGGACCCAAGGUAUCCAGAGACCAGUACUUGAACACUGAGGAGUUCAUUGAUGCUGUUGCAGGAGAGCUGAGAGCAAGACUCUCAACUAUUACUUCAAAGUUGUAAAUCCUUUCUCACUCCCACAAACUGUGGGCUGAAUAAUGUGCAUCUGCAGAUAACUAUGAAGAAGUUUGGAGUCCCAGAUCAAAAUCAAAUAACAGAGAGGCUUUUAAGAGUCACUCAAACCAUGUUUGUUUACAGAAUCACAGUGAUAGAUUCCAACCAUGAAGGUUAAUUUUUUCAUAUAUAUAUAUAUAUAUAUAUAUUAAACCA